GGUGCAGUCCUGCUGCUUCGUCUGACUCGUCGCGGAGCGUCGGGUGCCAAGGCUUUACUCAUUGGACGCAGCGCACUCUGAGCGCAUGUCGGUUUUCUUCUUCUGUUGUUCUCUUCCGUCGGGUUGAAGCAGCGGUCUGCCAAAGUUUUCUUUACCAUUGGAGAAUAUUUCUUGGAGAUCAAAAUGACCUGAGAGAUGUAGUGCAAUCAGCAGCUCUUGUUAAAGGUGGCAAGGGGCGGCUGAGCCCCAGAUGCGUGCGCAGCACUGUCGGAGCAGGUGGAUGGAGAGGCUGGUAGGAUGCAGCUUUCCAGCAGGUCAGAGCCCCUUUGGAACAGGUGGAUUCCGUAUUCUCCGCGGAGGGACCGCUUGUCACUGUGGACGUGAUGUGAGGGGGAAGUUUUCUGUCUCAGAAGCUAUCUUGCUCUUUUGCUGUCACUGUCCUACUGGGAUGUGAUAACUGCAAGUCAUCAUACAUGAAAAUCCCCUGUCAUCCCAAUCCCCAAGGUCCCAGACCCUUAAAUCACAAAUUCUCCAAUUCCCAGUACCCCAGGCUCUUCUAUCUAAGAACGAACUCCCUGACGUCCCUUUAACCUUAUCUCUACAGCCUUGGGUAGUAAAAUAAAUGCUUUUAAGCAUGUGAUUCAGAGCCAUUAAAAAUUACCAUCACUAUACUCCUUGACUCCUCCUGUGAUUACACCUUCAUCCCUCACAUUUUUACUAGCAUUAGACACUUAGAACCCUUUGAUAGUUGAAAAUCGUCUCAGCUAUCAUGGCCUUGGAUCCGUGGCCCUUCCUCUCUGUUUCCCCCAACAUCUCCAUUCCCGAGCCCCUCCUGUAUGACAGCUAUAUCCAAGGGAAUGAGUCAGAAGUCCAGAACAUCACCGAGACCAGGGAGUCUCACCAAGACAAGACCAGCUCAGUGGUCAUCACCUUUAUCUAUUUCAUGGUGUGCGCCGUGGGAUUGUGUGGCAACACCCUGGUCAUCUAUGUGAUCCUGCGAUACGCCAAAAUGAAGACAGUGACCAACAUAUACAUCCUGAACCUGGCAGUGGCAGAUGUUCUGUGCAUGAUGAGCCUGCCAUUCAUCGCCCUGCAGCUGGCACUGGUCCACUGGCCCUUUGGAGAGGCUCUGUGCAGGGUGAUCAUGACUGUAGACUCUCUUAAUCAGUUCACCAGCAUCUUCUGCCUGAUGGUCAUGAGCAUCGAUCGAUACCUGGCUGUGGUCCACCCUAUUAAGUCCACAAAAUGGCGGAAGCCGAGGGUAGCCAAACUAAUCAACCUCACAGUAUGGGGUGUGUCGCUGUUAGUCAUCCUACCAACAAUGAUCUUCAGUAGGCUGAACAAGGUGCCAGUAUGUGGCAUCGUGUGGCCAGAGCCCAAGGAUGUCUAUUCCACAGCCUUCAUAUUCUACACCUUCUUCAUUGGAUUCUUCCUCCCGCUGGCAGUAAUAUGUCUGUGCUACCUGCUCAUUAUAGUCAAGGUGAAAUCUUCUGGCAUGCGUGUGGGUUCCACAAAGCGCAAGCGUUCAGAGCGUAAGGUGACGCGGAUGGUGUCCAUCGUGGUGGCCGUGUUUGUUCUCUGCUGGCUGCCUUUCUACAUCUUCAACGUCACCUCCGUCACCAGCUCCAUCAAACCAACCUCCGCCGUGAAGAGCGCAUUUGACUUCGUGGUAGUGCUCGGUUACGCCAACAGCUGCGCCAACCCCAUCCUGUAUGCCUUCCUGUCGGACAACUUUAAGAAGAGCUUUCAGAAUGUUCUCUGCCUGAAAAAGGUGGCGGGCCUGGACGAGAUCGAGCGCAGCGACAGCAGGGUGGACAGGAGCAGGAUGGUGAAUGAAGCCAUGAUCAUCAACGCCAACCUAGAGACUCACAAUGCCGCUCUGCUCAAUGGCGAGCUGCAGACCAGCAUCUGAGGAGGAAGGCUUGAGAGCAGUCUGUAGGGCUGCCAGUGCACUGCUCGUGACCCCGGCUCAAAGAUGUGGGGGCUGAAGUGUGAUGUAAUAGCUGCUCAUGGACACAUGAGCAAAGUCUAAAUGAAAAAUAAACAAUUUCUUAAGGGGGUCAGGGAAAGUACACUGACUCCAGCUCGAAACUCCUGAUAACUGGGUUAAUGAGCCAACUUAAGCUGUUAACCCUGAGGCGGAGCACACAUGUAUUUUGAAUGAAGUUAUUUUCAAUCACAUACUAACAAGUGGUCUUGAAAUUAAAUGUUAUUAAAAGUGCUGUUUGUGCUGGCCAGCUUAUGGCUCCUAUCGAGUCAUCUUAAGUGAUCCUGACUAAAUCACAAUUGAAACAAGAUGCAGGAUCUGAGAAAGGGCCACUGUGGAUCCAGUAAAGAACUUCACCAGUGGUAGAUGGAGGUCUGAGGGGAUUGAGCACCAUCCAUUUUCUCCUUGAUGGAUUUUUUUUUCCUGAAAGAUAAAAGGGUUCAGCAUUGAUUUCUUUGAAUACGGAAAUACUACUGAAGAAGUAAAUCCAACAUUUCUCUGGAAAAAGGCACAGCACAGUGUUUCUCUCGAGACAUUCAGAGAUAAAAAUCUGAAACUACAACCCAAAGAUGAAUAAUUUCACAGUCAUAUUUUAUUCAUGCCAGAUGAUUAGUCUGGUCUUGCAUGAUCAGGCCAACAAAAAGGCAAAGCCCCUCUAUUUACUGAGAAUGUGAGGAUGCUCUCUUCCCUCUCUGGUUGGCCUUUUCACUGGAGAAGCUGCAUUGAUCUGUAAACUCUUGAAUUUAACAUUUCAGAUUAUUGUUUCGACUGAAGGGUGGUAAAUCAUCUCUGCAGAAGCUCUAACCUUGCUCUUUCAUAACAGUGACUUUGUAUAUAGGAAGCAUUUUCUGUCAGAGUCUUGGGGAGACAUGGAUGACUCAAAUCAAAAUGAAUUUAAAGGCAAACUCUGCUGUAACAGUCUGUAUUGUUGAGAUAUACUUUGGGUUUGUGAAAACCAUCAUCCAUACUUUAUAACAUGUCCUGAUCUAUACAGUAGUCGCCCUUGGUACUGUUGUAAAGAGCCCACAUCUACUUGUGAAUUUCUGUCAAAAUGAGACCCUCACAUUCCCAUAUGGCUCGGUCAGCGCUGUGCUCGCCAAGAUCCCUAACAAUCAGAAGAACACGUGUCAUGCAGUCAAACUCGGAGGGAGACGCAGAGUGGGAUAUCAAAAGAACUCAGUCUUGCAUUGUAUCCACUGAGAACACAAGAAACACGAAGAGAGCUACUAGGUGUUUGUGUGUGGGUGAGUGAGAAGAAGAGAGACAACUUGAAACGUCUAUAUAAUCAUUUCAGAAUCCUUUUCAGUUCCAGCCACAGAAGAUCAUUUUGGAAGUUUGUUGCUCUCUGCAGUGACGGCUUGGAAUAGCCUUAAAAACGCAUAUAGCGAUAGAUCAAACACAGUAUAUGUGCCGUAUUUUCCUUUCCGUAUUUUGGUUAAAGAUGUGUUUCAGCGAUUUUCUUUUGACUUCCAUUAAGUUACACUGGUAUGUUUUCAAAAGAAUUGUCAGACUGAAAGCUGCAGGAGCAAAGAUACACACAAUCUCCAAAAACAAUCCAUUUCCCAACAUGCAACUGGAUAGCAUCUUUAAUCAAACCCUUCCUGUUUGGUUAAUGUCCAUGUCUUUCUAAAUCUGCAACAUUUGUAACAUAAACUAUACAUAUACUGUGUAUUACAGUGUUGGCAACAUCCACUCACCUUGUCACAGUAAAGUCAGAAACAAGCCAUAGGCGGUGUUCACAGUCAACUACACUACAUGUUGUCUUGUUGCCAUGACUAUCAUGUCUUCUAAUGGUUCAAAAUUAAGGUUGCAAAAAUAACACCAAAAACUUUGAUUUAGUGCAUGUUGGGCAGUAGAUGAAUCAUAACAACAACAGAAAGGCAGCUCUUGUUAGGCAUGCUCUUGCUGUGGCUCCUAGCAAUGCAGCUGAAGACAUGACAAUGCUGUUGUCUCAGUUCACUAUAGACAUUCCAUGGACCCUUGGAAUUAAUCGCAACAACCUUGAGGAUCCUUUAACAUUCCAUCUAUCAACUAGGGCUGGCCCGAAUAGAGGUUUCUAGCCUCCGAAUAUUCGGGCUCUGUUAAAGACGAAUAUCCGAAUAUUCGUUCCGCCCCCUAACGUCUGCCGGGGGGGGGGGGGGGGGGGGGGGGGGUUGGCGGGCGGCGGCGGCAGCUUGUGGCAGAGACGGCCCUAAUAUUCGGAUCCGCUCGUCUGGUCUCCCGGGUCCCAUUUUCGGAUACCAAAAUUAAUAUCCGGAUACCGCCGUAGCGAACGAAUAUUCAGAUAUUUGGGAUAUUCGGGUCCAGCCCUACUAUCAACACUAUAAGGUUACAUUUUUACAUUUUCCAAUGCCUUAGUUCAUGACCCGAUACCUGCCAACCUACAUGACAGGCCCAUCUUCUUCAGCUACAUGCAUUCCAGAAGUGUUUAUCUCCUUUUGGGAUUUGGUUUUUAAAUGAUUUUUAAAAUUAUAUUUUAGUUGUUUCUGGACAUGCAAAUGCAAGAUUUUCCCAAAUCUUGUGACUGUUCAUGUUAUGGACAGAUCCACAUUUAAUGACCGCACUUACAAUGGCUUGAGCACUCCCGUUGUGAUUGGGGUUUUUGAAGUAUCCUGCUUUUGAAUGCCACAUUUAAACAUCAUGACUUGAUUUUAUAAAUUGUAUCUUGAGAAAUCCAUUUAAAAGAAACCAAGAUACUGUUAGAUGUGUACAUCUUAUCCAAUUUUCUGACAGGCAAGUGAUGAGCGCAACAUAAGCAAAAUUCCCCAAAAUUGGCCAGUUUUCUUCAACACUACACCUCCUCUCAUUAGUAACACAAGUUGUACUGUUGGUAUCAUGUAAACUUCAACUGUUGUCUCACAGCUGGUUAAAGGAUGAACUACUCGUGGAAAUUUUCAUUCCACUUUGGGUCACUGAACUUUAUCAAGGCAGUCCGAUACACUCUAAAUAGUAAUUCAAGGAACCUAUUCCCACCACUUGAUUAAAUGCAAACCAUGCAAACAGUUGUUGUUUUAAUGGGAUGGGCUGAUGUAGCAAUGUUGAUAAUUGCAUCAACAUAAUAUUGCAUGUGAUUUGAUCUCAAAUUCCUGCAUUUGUUGAUUAAAAAUUAAAUUCAAGUUGAGGCAGGUGAGGUAACUUAAAAUUGUCUCGAUAACUUUAUUUUUCCUGAUUUCAGGAUUCAGGAUACAAGUCCCCUCCCCUUUCUCAGCAUGCCUGGACAAUGUCAGACAGUUAAAACAAAAGGAUAAUUCCUCUAACUCAUUGUAAUUUGUUGAAGGAAUGAAAUUUAAUCAUGCAUCAUAAUGCAAACUGUUAAUUUUUAUGUUGAGCCCAAGCAUUAUUUUUUCAAGUGUACCGGAGAUCUUCAUGCAUCAUUCCCUUGUCCUGCACAGUGGUGAUAUCCUCACACAGCUCAAACUGGAGAACAUGUUUGAUAUUUCCUGUAGCUCCUGUUCCCUGUUGGUGGUGAUAUCAUUGAUUAGUCAAAUUGAGAGCACUGUGCUGGCUCUUUGUAGUGCUAAGCCUGCUUUAAGGUAAACUGGCCUUAUUUUUACAGUCAAAUUAGCAUAAGGUGUUGGUAACAGUUACAGGAAUAUCAGAUUAAAUUGUCAGUUUGUGUUGUGAACAGCACACAGUACUCAGCAACUGGCAUAUUAAUAUAAAUCAAAAGAUUUUUCUUUGCUCCAUGUAAAAGAGAUGUCUCAUAUAUGAUCAAAACCAGAUGCUGGUGUUCAUUUAAUCAAUGAUCUAUGAGCCUCAGCCAUUGACGUCAUGGAGAAGAGGAAAUGAAUUCACAGCGCUUCAUCAAUACAGUGAAGAACAAUACAUGAGGCGAUUGUUGCUGCAUUCACUGGUCACCCUUUUCUUCGCCCCUGCUGAGCUCAAGUACAGCUAAAGAGCCACCAGCUUGGCUUUCGAUCAGUUGUGGCUGCUUUGAACUGGUGUAUCUACUCAUUUAUUGGCACAGCUCCAAGCUUUUAUCUAAACCUAAACCAUUUAACAACAUCUUCAGUUAUUACAUAGCAACAACACCAGUAAAUGAAGUACUCACACAAGUAAGCUUCCUGUAGAGGUGCAAGAGCCAAGACCAUGUCACAAACACUUGAAUUCGGAAUCCUUAUCACUCCAUUAAUGCUGACUGAAUGAUUUCACAUCCACUGCAGAUAUGUACUUCUGUCGUAGUUAUUAGGCUUUUUGUGCACAGCUACUUCCGCAACGGACCUCCAUGAUGGAGCCACACCAGGUUGCCGGGAGAUUUGUCAAACAACUGUAGAGCCUCGGUGGCAGCAAUGAGGUUGCUGACCAUAUGCUGUGGUGUCAGACUGACUUCGUCCCAGUAUAUCAGUCAUGUGAGAGGCCAUCAGUCAGCUCAAUCAAAAGAGAUGAGGAGGCAGACAGGGCUCACCCAGAGAGGUUACUGCUGACAGUAAUUGCAUGAGGCCACACAUAAUCACACAGAUAGGCAUGUCCCAGUUGGUAGUGGGCAACACAUCCCAUAAUUUGUCAUGACAUUCACACAGUGCUGCUGGUGUUAUUUCUGGCAGGGUCAGUCACACCUUCACUCACAGGUCAAAAUGGGAAGAUAUCCUUUGAGCCUUGUUUGCAGGUAUUUGUAGGCAUGCAUCUAGACACAGUUCCAUGUGAUUAGGCCUUGUUGCUCACAAUGUGUCACUCUAAUGUAAGCUCCUUGUACCAAAGUAUAACAAAAACUGAUGAGCAGUUCUGGUUCAGGGGAGUCAUAGUGCCUCUGCCAUUAUGUAAUAAGACCAAGGCCUUCAUAGAGACUGAUACCCCCAACCAGAAAUAUGUUACUUGGCAAUUACAGAAUCAUAAUGGAACAUGUAAUAUCUUUCUAAAUACUGUUAUUUUUAUUUUUCAGAAUUUGUAAAUUAUGUGUGAGUCCCAGUGAGAAACUCAUUUGUCAUUCUCAUUCUCUCAGUGGAACAACUAUUCUCUCAGCAUUCAGAGUUAAAUUACUUUUUCUCUCCAUGUGUCUUUAGAUCUGUUUCACUCUCUCCGUCUUUCAUUCGUGAGCACAGCAAGUGAGGAGUGAUAUGAGGUGACACACAUUUUACAACCACCCAAACCAAGAUGAGCUGAAAUGUACUUGACCAUACUAAAGAAAGCAUACUAUGCUUGUCAUUGCCACUGGCUAUUUGGACAUACUUAAUGGACUUAAUGGACCAUUUUGAUGUUUAAUAGAUGUCGCUAAAGAUGGUUUGUGCCAAAGCCAGUGCAAAUGUAGCGUAGGAGAGCUGGGGCAAUGAGACAGUGUCUGGAGUAGCUGCUUUCUUUGUCUUUUUGUAAAAAAUUAAGAUCAAUUGAGAUUAGGUCAAGAUUCAGAAAAAGUUAGGAUUAUCUGAGUUGGCAUGUAUCUUAGCUAGUUGGGUACAGUUCAGAGGCAAAUGUGAAGAGGACAUUUGUCCAGAUUUCUGGCUGGUUCCUGCUACUGUAUAGUGUACAGAUGAGAGGUGGAGGCAGGGGGAUUGGAAAUCCCUGUCUUCUUGCGCUCUGUUUCUUUUUAUUCGAACCGUAAGUUGAUUUGCGAAGGGCUAUUACGUGCACUCCUAAGGAUGCACUGUUCAGUAUAAACGCUAUGUAUUUGUGGCAUCCUCUGUUUGUUUUUGCAUGGGGAGCUUUGCAUAUCCCACCUCUUGUUACCAGUGUUGCUGGGUGCCACCAAGUGGCCACAACCAUAGCUUGAAAUUGAAGUUAAUGUGGGAAGUACCUUAAAGUGCAAUACCACUGAGGGUCAGUACGUGCUGGUACCAACUGGUUUCUGGCUCCAAAAGACUCAAUUUCAAAAAGCCUCAGAAAAAAUGAACAUAAUACCUUUUUUGCACACUUUCAUUAUGAUGUCAUUAGGUAAAAUAACUUUGUCUGAUGACUAUGCUCUUGUUCAUUUUGAAAAUAAUUCCAGCAUUAAGUAGAUGUUAGGUCUCAAAGAGAGGUAUAUUUAGGGACAGGACUGUCUUGAAUGAGAUUCCUGGUGUGGAGCAAACUCCAGUCAGGUUUCAAGUGUCACUUCCUCUGUUCUGUUUCACUCAUUAUACGGUCUGGAUCUAAUCAGAUGACAUCGACUGUAAAGCCAUUCUUUAGGCUUCAAUUCAGCUCCAAUUACUGACGGUGUAUAAAGGUGGACAAAUCCUUGGUGGCAUCACUCUAUAGGUUUUCUGCGGAGCAAUAUAUAGGCUCAGUGUGGUCACACUGACUGUCUUGCCCUUAAUUAUGCAUCAUUUUAAUUAUUAAUGCAAUUUAAAUGGGUGAGUUAUAUAAAAACUCCUGUCUAGUUACCGUGAAUGUGUAAAUUAGCUAUAGAGACCAUAACUGUUUUGUUGUGGCAGGCUGUAAACUUGUUUAUUUCUACUGUAUAGUUGGACAUUUUACCAUGUGGGACUGAAGGAAUGGACUCGCUUUUGAAUCCAUUCAAAAGCGGCCAUUGGAGGAAGAGCAUACUUCCAUGCUGGCUUCAUUUUUCAGCCUCGGAGGCUGCUGCUCAACUCCAAUGAAAAUCAAUAGGUGACGUCCUGGCCAUCUUUAUAUACAGUCUAUUGGUGCCACCUUUUUGCUGGAUAAACUCUCAGAAACAAAAAGAUUCAGAGUUGUACAGCAACAACAGGUUCAAUGUUAUCAUCAGCAUCAUCUGUAUGAAAUUCACUGUAUAAUCCUGACUACACAAACUGUAGGUGAGCUGGUCAUAACUGCUUGUGUCUAGCAGUGUGCAGCUGUGGAUAUGUACUUUUUUGUGCUGUUACUUUUAUCUAUGUGCCUUGAGACUUGAUAUAAAAUCAUCUGAUGACAUCAGUGUACAGCAAAACAACAUUGUAACCUGUUUCUCCCAAAAGCCAACCAACCAAAGGCCUUUGUACUCUACACACAUGUUGGCGGCCAGAACAUAACAGAGACCUGCCGUAUAUCACUUUUACUACUAUUUCCCCAGCUUACAUAGCUUAUGUUUGUGUGAUAUAAUGUCUAAAGCAGAUGUUUAUUUGUGACUCUUUAUUGUUGCAUACUGUAGAUUAUAAUGUGAUCAAUGAUUGUAAUGGACAGGCUAAUGUCCUCGUCUCUGCAAUUAAAAUGCAGACCAUGUUCAAA